AUGCCUCUGAUCGCGCAGAACCCCCAGCCGAGAGUGAUUCUCGGGUUGAUGACCUUUGGCCCAACCGAGGCCAAGGGUGCUCGGAUCACUUCGUUGGAUGAGUACAACAAAUGCCUUGAUUACUUCCAGCAGCAAGGGUUCAAUGAAGUCGACACCGCCCGUAUCUAUAUCGAUGGAGAACAGGAAGCAUUCACAGCCAAAGCGAACUGGAAGGAGCGUGGACUAACUCUUGCCACGAAAUGGUACCCGCAUCAGCCUGGCUUCCACAAGCCGGAGGUUGUCCGUGAACAACUGGAGCUUUCUCUCAAGGAGUUGCAGACCGAUACAGUUGAUAUUUUCUAUCUGCAUGCAGCAGAUCGCGCCACUCCGUUCGCUGAAACUCUCGAGGCUGUUAACCAGCUGCACAAGGAGGGCAAGUUUGUACAGCUUGGUCUCAGCAACUUCACAGCCUUUGAAGUGGCGGAGAUUUCAAUCCUUUGUGCUGAGAGGGGAUGGGUUCGUCCCACCAUUUACCAGGCCAUGUAUAACGCCAUUACGCGCAACAUCGAGACUGAACUCGUCCCUGCCUGCCACCGGUACGGUCUCGACAUCGUCAUCUACAACCCGCUGGCCGGUGGUCUGUUCUCUGGAAAAUACAAGUCACAAGAUAUCCCCGCCGAAGGCAGAUACAGUGACUCGAGUUCUUCGGGACAGAAUUAUCGCAAACGUUACUUCAGAGAUGCCACCUUCGAAGCUCUGAGUAUCAUCGAGCCUGUCGUAGAGAAACACGGUCUCACACUUCUGGAGACCGCUCUGCGCUGGGUCCGCCAUCACUCCGCUUUGAGAAUCGAUAAUGGCGGUCGUGAUGGAGUCUUGGUGGGAGUCAGCAGCUUUGCACAGCUUGAGACUAACCUUGCAGAUCUUCAGAAGGGUCCGCUUCCGGAAGAGGUCGUGCAGGCUUUGGAUCAGGCAUGGCUGGUUGCCAAGGCCAAUUCUCCCAAUUACUGGCACCUUGAUCUGAAGUAUACUUAUGAUACUCAGAAGGCGAUAUUUGGGCCCAAGGACGUGUGCCCGAUCGAGAUCACGUGCACACCUUCCCCAACCAUCGCCGUUGUGGCUUCCGAUAAUAUCGAGCUCUCCGAGCCCCGGGUAGCCUCAACCCCGGACGCAGUCCACGACUCCGACUCUGACAACGACAUGGUUGUUAAUCGCCCCCCAUUACACCGACCAACAGACGGGCGCUCGCAGCAACCCCUUCUCAAAGAUGACCGCCAUCGCCGGUCUCACUCCCACUCGAGUAUCGGGAAUGCUGACGCCGAAGGCCGCCCUAUGCUGCAUGAAACCAGAAGGCCGACAAUCCGGAGUAAAAGUCCGGAACGCGACGCUGCCAAAGCAACCCGCAAGAAAUACCUGGUUGCAUCGGGAUUCUUGUUGCUCAGUUUGAUUAGCUUCGUGGUCCAAACGGAGACCGCUUCAUACAUUCAAAAUGAGUUGCACUGGAAGAAGCCCUAUUGCAUGCUCUAUAUGACUCACGGGUCGUGGUCCUUGCUGUGGCUGGUCCAGCUAGGUAUUCUUCGGUUACAGAAACGAAAACUCACGUGGGAUGCUUUCUGGCGGCGCCACGUCUUUUUCCUUCGCACCACUGCGCAGAUGGUAGAAUCCCAAGAAGUACAUCUAAGCACUCGCUCGUCCAAUCGAUCUCCAGUCCCAUAUAUGUUGAAGACAACCGCCUUUGUAACUACUGCUCUCACAGUCGCUGGAGGAUCAUGGUACGUGGCAGUCAACAUGACCACUCCCAGCGACCUCACAGCAAUUUACAACUGCUCGGCAUUCUUCGCGUAUGCUUUUUCGAUUCCGCUGUUGAAGGAAAAGCUGCGGGUUGACAAGGUUUUUUCCGUGGCCGUGGCUACCAUCGGUGUUAUGGUCGUUGCCUAUGGGGAUGGGCCAAAUAAGAAGGUCUCAAAAGGAGGCACGGAUAACACCGGGGGGCAGAACAGAUUGCUUGGGAACAUCGUUAUCGGCGUUGGAAGUAUUCUCUAUGGGCUUUACGAAGUGCUCUAUAAACGCUUUGCCUGUCCUCCGGAAGGUACCAGCCCUGGCCGGGGUACAAUCUUUGCCAAUACUUUUGGCAGUCUAAUCGGGGUUUUCACACUGUUAGUACUAUGGAUCCCAUUGCCAUUUUUGCAUUGGACGGGAUGGGAGAUAUUUGAGUGGCCGACUGGUGAGGCAGCAUGGAUGCUGCUCAUCUCCGUGGGUGCUAAUGCUACGUUCUCGGGCUCUUUCCUUGUGCUCAUCUCCCUCACAUCGCCCGUUCUGUCAUCAGUAGCCGCUCUCCUUACCAUUUUCCUCGUCGCUCUGGUGGACUGGUUCCGAACUGGAGACUCACUUUCUAUGGCCUCUAUCAUCGGAGGCCUUUUGAUUACGGUGGCAUUUUUCAUGUUGAGCUACAGCACGUAUAGAGAGAUGAAUGAGGAGCGAAAGAAGAGUCUCGAGAACGAUGAGCUCGAGUCUGACAGCGAUGCAUAA